AGAGUCGGCGUAGCGAGCAGCAGCGAGUUCUACACUCUAUACACGGGAUUGAGGAUUCGGUAAGCGGUAACAGUACUUAGUUCAGUGUCAGUGUGUGCCAGUGCCAGAGAAGUUAUAGCCGCCUGCCGCAUCGCAUCAUCAAGCACGCUGCUGGCAUCAUGGCGGACGCAGCGGCUAGGCAGCUGCAAUACGAAUACAAAGCGAAUUCUAAUCUUGUAUUACAAGCUGAUGUGAGACUCAUCGAGAGACGAAGCAGAGAUGAAGCUACAGGAGAAGUUAUGUCCCUGGUGGGCAAGCUCGAUGGCACGCGAAUGGGCGAUCGUGCUCAACGAUCAAAACCCGGAAAGGCCGAAGAGAGAAAAGUCAAGCGACAAAAACGUGAUGAAGCACAGUAUGAGUUUACUCAUAACAAGGGUGCCACCGUCCUCUCCGAUGGUGUGGAUGAGAUGGUUGGCAUCGUAUACAGACCUAAAACACAAGAGACUCGGCAGACGUAUGAAGUCUUGUUAAGUUUCAUACAAGAGGCUAUUGACCAUCAACCUCGCGAUAUACUUUGUGGUACUGCAGAUGAAGUAUUAGCUGUUUUAAAGAAUGACAAAUUAAAAGAGAAGGAGAAGAAAAAGGAAACUGAACUUUUACUUGGAAGUUUAGCCGAUGAACGAUUUGCUCUAUUGGUCAAUUUAGGGAAAAAAAUAACGGAUUUUGGUACAGAUGAGAAAACAACUACAGGCGAGGAAAAUAUUGAUGAGACAUAUGGCAUUAAUGUCCAAUUCGAGGAGAGCAGUGAGGAGGAUGAUGAAGAUGUGUAUGGAGAAGUUAGAGAAAAUGAAGAUGAAGGGGACGAAGGAGUCGAAGCUAAUGAAGAUAGAGCCAUUCAUGCUGAAAAUUUAGGCAAAGCAGAAGAAACGAAAAAGGAAAAACCCUUACAUCCAAGAGACAUCGAUGCUUAUUGGCUUCAGAGACAGUUGAAAGCUAUCUAUAAUGAUGCAAUUGUCUCCCAUGGAAAAGCUAAAGAUGUACUUGAGGUUUUAAAGACCUCAGUCGACUGUGAAAACCAAUUAGUUUUAUUACUAGGCUACGACUGCUUUGACUUCAUCAAGAUGCUUAAAAAAUACAGACAUAUGAUUGCAUACUGUACAAUGUUGGCAUCUUCUCAGUCGAACAGUGAACGUCAAAAAAUUCGCAAGAAAAUGUCUGAAGAUCCAGCACUUUCAAAAAUCCUUUACCAAUUGGAAACUGGUAAAGGUGAUGAAGGUGAGGAGACCAUUGAGGCAAGAGAGCAGCGUCAUAGGCGCGAAGAAAUCGAAGAUGCUGGUGGUCCUGGAGGAUUAGUUCCAGGAACACGAAACGUAAUUGACUUAGAGGACAUUGCCUUUGCGCAAGGAAGUCACUUCAUGCCUAAUAAACGUUGUCACUUACCUGAUGGAAGUUUUAGAAAACAACGUAAAGGAUACGAAGAAGUGCAUGUACCAGCAUUGAAACCAAAACCGUUUGCUGAAAAUGAAAAACUUGUUUCCAUAAACGACUUGCCGAAAUUUGCCCAGCCUGCAUUCGAGGGUUUCAAGACCCUUAACAGAAUUCAAAGUCGUUUGUACAAGUGCGCUUUGGACGAAGAUGAAAAUUUAUUAUUAUGUGCUCCAACAGGUGCCGGUAAAACUAAUGUCGCUUUGUUAUGUAUGAUGCGUGAGAUAGGCAAGCACAUAAAUGCUGACGGCACUAUAAACGCCGACGACUUUAAAAUUAUAUACAUUGCACCAAUGCGUUCUCUCGUACAGGAAAUGGUUGGUAAUUUUGGCAAAAGAUUAGCCUCAUACAACCUGACAGUGUCAGAGUUAACAGGCGAUCAUCAAUUAACCAGAGAACAAAUCUCCUCUACACAGAUUAUAGUAUGUACCCCGGAAAAAUGGGAUGUCAUUACGAGAAAAGGAGGAGAAAAGACCUUUACCUCACUCGUAAGACUUAUCAUUGUUGAUGAAAUUCAUUUGCUUCACGACGAACGUGGUCCCGUUCUUGAAUCGUUGGUAGCAAGAACUUUAAGAAACAUUGAGACGACUCAAGAAGAUGUCAGACUAGUAGGUCUGUCAGCUACACUUCCGAAUUACGAAGAUGUCGCCGCAUUCUUACGCGUCAAACCAGCGACUGGACUUUAUUAUUUCGACAAUAGUUUUAGGCCUGUGUCAUUAGAGCAGCAAUACAUCGGUGUUACGGAAAAGAAGGCUCUAAAACGUUUUCAGGUUAUGAAUGAAGUCGUCUAUGAAAAGACAAUGGAGCAUGCGGGUAAAAAUCAAGUGCUUAUAUUCGUGCAUUCGAGGAAGGAAACCGGUAAAACCGCUCGUGCAAUCAGGGAUAUGUGCCUGGAGAAAGAUAGUCUUGGACAGUUUCUCAGAGAAGGCUCGGCAUCCAUGGAAGUUUUGAGAACUGAAGCCGAACAAGUUAAGAACAUGGAGUUAAAAGAUCUGUUGCCUUAUGGUUUCGCAAUCCAUCACGCCGGAAUGACAAGAGUCGAUCGUACCUUGGUAGAGGAUCUCUUUGCCGAUAGGCAUAUCCAAGUUCUGGUAUCUACUGCAACUCUUGCAUGGGGUGUAAAUUUGCCAGCGCACACUGUCAUUAUUAAAGGUACCCAAGUUUAUAAUCCAGAAAAAGGACGUUGGGUGGAAUUAGGAGCUCUGGAUGUGUUGCAAAUGCUGGGUCGUGCUGGACGUCCGCAAUAUGACACCAAAGGAGAAGGUAUACUCAUUACGAACCACAGUGAACUCCAGUAUUACCUGUCCCUUUUGAAUCAGCAACUCCCCAUCGAAUCUCAGCUAGUCAGCAAGAUGCCCGAUAUGAUGAAUGCAGAAAUAGUACUUGGUACAAUUCAGAAUGUUCGCGAUGCAGUAACGUGGCUCGGUUACACAUACCUCUACAUCAGAAUGCUUCGUUGUCCUACUCUUUACGGUAUCAGCCACGACAAAAUACGCGAUGAUCCUUUGCUAGAGUUGCACCGUGCAGAUUUAGUGCACUCUGCUGCCAUGGCUCUGGACCGCAGCGGUCUUAUCAAAUACGAUCGCAAAUCUGGUAACUUCCAAGCUACCGAGCUUGGUAGAAUUGCUUCUCAUUACUACUGUACUCAUGAGACUAUAUCUACCUACAAUCAACUAUUGAAGAGGACACUCAGUGAGAUCGAACUAUUCCGUGUAUUCUCGUUGUCAAGCGAGUUCAAAAAUAUUAAUGUUAGAGAUGAAGAGAAAUUAGAAUUGCACAAACUAAUGGAACGCGUUCCGAUUCCAAUUAAGGAGAAUAUGGAGGAGCCUAGCGCGAAGGUGAAUGUACUGCUUCAAGCUUACAUAUCUCAACUAAAACUUGAAGGUUUUGCCCUCAUGUCUGACAUGGUUUAUGUCACUCAAUCUGCUUCCCGUUUGAUGCGCGCAAUUUUCGAGAUUGUAUUGUUCCGGGGCUGGGCUCAAUUGGCAGACAAAUGCCUCUCGCUUUGUAAAAUGAUUGAUCGUCGUAUGUGGCAAUCUAUGUCGCCGCUGCGACAGUUUCGCAAAAUGCCCGAAGAAAUAGUCAAGAAGAUUGAAAAGAAAAACUUUCCAUGGGAGAGGUUGUACGAUCUUGGACCGAAUGAAAUUGGUGAACUUAUACGUGUGCCCAAACUUGGAAAGACUGUCCAUAAAUACAUUCACCAAUUUCCGAAACUGGAUCUUUCCACACACAUUCAGCCGAUUACGAGAUCAACAUUGCGCGUUGAAUUAACGAUUACACCUGACUUCAUGUGGGACGACAAAGUUCAUGGUGCAUCGGAAGCCUUUUGGAUUCUUGUGGAAGAUGUCGAUUCUGAAGUGAUUUUGCAUCACGAAUUCUUCUUGCUCAAGUCUAAAUAUGCCGGAGACGAACACUUGAUAAAAUUUUUUGUUCCCAUUUUCGAACCAUUACCCCCGCACUACUUCUUGCGGGUAGUAUCCGAUCGAUGGAUCGGCGCUGAAACACAAUUGCCGGUAAGUUUCCGGCAUUUGAUACUCCCGGAGAAGAAUCUUCCUCCAACAGAAUUAUUGGAUUUACAACCAUUGCCAAUCACGGCUUUGAGAAACUCCGUUUUCGAGAAUUUGUACGUGGAGAAGUUUCCGCAGUUUAACCCUAUCCAGACUCAGGUCUUCAACGCCGUGUAUAAUUCCGAUGAUAACGUGUUCGUUGGUGCACCAAGUGGCUCCGGAAAAACUACAAUCGCCGAAUUCGCCGUUCUGCGAUUGAUCUCUCAAAAUCCGGAUGGAAGAUGCGUUUAUAUGGUGUCAAAAGAAGCGCUUGCUGAAAUUAUAUACAGCGACUGGGCGUAUAAAUUUAAAAGUCUUGGGAAAAAAGUCGUGCUUUUGACUGGCGAGACUGGUACAGAUCUGAAGCUUUUGGCCAAAGCACAGAUCAUCAUUACAACCGCCGAUAAAUGGGACGUCCUUUCACGAAGAUGGAAGCAGAGAAAGAAUGUACAAAACAUUCAAUUGUUCAUCAUAGAUGAACUACAACUCAUAGGCGGCGAGGAGGGACCAGUUUUAGAAGUAGCUUGCUCCAGAGCUAGGUACAUUUCGUCUCAAUUGGAUAAGCCAACCAGGAUUGUUGCCUUAUCGGCAUCACUGGCCGAUGCCAAAGAUGUUGCGCAGUGGCUGGGUGCUCCUGCAGCUGCUACUUUCAAUUUCCAAACAUCUGUGCGCCCUAUACCUCUUGAACUUCACGUUCAGGGUAUCAAUAUUACUCACAACGCAUCGCGUUUAGCUGCCAUGGCAAAACCAGUGUACAAUGCGAUCUUGCGGCAUGCACUGAGAAAGCCCGCCAUCAUCUUUGUACCAACACGAAAACAGGCAAGAUUGACGGCAUUUGAGAUCUUGACCUUUACAGCAGCAGAAGGAAAGCCGACGCAAUUUUUCCACGCCGAAGAAUCGGACAUCAAACCAUUUUUAGACAGAAUGUCUGAUAAGACCUUGAAAGAAACUUUGGCUCAAGGAGUCGCUUAUUUGCACGAAGGUUUGUCAGCAAACGAUAGAAGACUUGUAGAACAGUUAUUCGAUAGUGGGGCAAUACAAAUCGCUGUUUGCACUCGGGAUCUCUGUUGGAGUCUCUCAAUCUAUGCUUACCUUGUGGUAGUCAUGGACACCCAAUGUUACAAUGGUAAAACGCACGCCUACGAGGACUAUCCCGUGACGGAUGUCUUGCAAAUGGUGUCACGAGCAAACAGACCACAAGAAGAUGACGAUUCUAAAUGCGUACUCCUUUGCCAGAGCUCAAAGAAAGACUUUUUCAAAAAGUUUUUGAUGGAACCGUUGCCGGUGGAAAGUCAUUUAGAUCAUCGUUUACAUGACCAUUUUAAUGCCGAAGUGGUCACAAAGACCAUUGAAAAUAAACAGGAUGCCGUAGAUUAUCUUACGUGGACUCUACUCUACAGACGACUCACCCAAAAUCCAAAUUACUAUGGACUGCAGGGUGUCACUCACAGGCAUUUAUCUGACCAUCUUUCAGAACUUGUCGAGAGCACUCUGAGUGACUUGGAACAAGCCAAAUGCGUAACUGUAGAAGAUGAAAUGGACGUCACGCCAUUGAAUCUCGGAAUGAUUGCAGCAUACUAUUACAUCAAUUACGCAACCGUUGAAAUGUUCGACGCGUCCCUUAAUGCGAAAACUAAGAUUAGAGGAUUAAUAGAAAUCAUAUCAGCUGCGGCUGAGUAUGAGGCGAUACCAGUUCGCCAAAAGGAAGAAAAUCUCCUGAGAAGCUUAGCAAGCAGAUUGCCGCAUGCUCCACAAGCACAAAGAAUGGCUGAUCCCCACAUCAAAGCUCAGCUUUUAUUACAAGCACAUUUAUCCAGAAUACAGCUAGGACCUGAGCUACAACACGAUACGGAGUUAGUGCUGAAUAAAUCGAUCAGGCUGAUACAGGCCUCUGUCGAUGUCCUGAGUUCUGCAGGUUGGCUUGCACCUGCGGUAGCUGCUAUGGAAUUGGCUCAAAUGGUCACACAGGCGAUGUGGUCAAAGGAUUCAUAUCUCAAACAAUUGCCUCAUUUCACGCCCGAAAUAAUAAAACGUUGCACAGACAAAGGUGUAGAAACCGUUUUCGACGUCAUGGAGCUGGAGGAUGAUGUACGCAACCGGCUUUUGCAACUAACUGAGCAGCAAAUGACGGAUGUUGCUAAAUUUUGUAAUCGUUAUCCUAACAUCGAGAUGGCAUUCGAUGUUCAGGACAAAGAUAGAAUCCGACUUGGAGAUACCGUUAAUGUCGUUGUUCAAUUAGAACGCGAGGAUGAGGUUACAGGGCCUGUGGUAGCACCUCUUUUCCCACAGAAAAGAGAAGAAGGAUGGUGGGUGGUUAUUGGUGACCCCAAGGCCAAUCAGCUCUUGUCGAUCAAGAGGUUAACAUUACAACAGAAAGCUACCGUGAAACUUGACUUUUUGGCACCAGCUCCUGGGCAACAUCACUAUACGCUUUACUUCAUGAGUGAUGCAUAUUUGGGAUGUGAUCAAGAAUAUAAAUUCUCUAUCAACGUUGGAGAGUAUAUGUCGGAUGCCAGCUCUGGAUCCGAGUCGGACUAAAAAAGGGCGGUAAUGGAACUUGUAAAUAUUUGACAUUGUAAAUAUAGUUUUUUGCAUUUUACACUUAUACUAAAUAAAGAAAUUCUGUGAAGUAUUCGCAAUUAUAGAAACAAGUUUUUUUAAUUUUAAAAUAGGUCAAAGGUACUCUAGAUAUUCAUUUUAUGUUAUCUUUUCCGUACAUAUACACAAUAAAUUAUUAAACUGAACAAAUCA